AUGAGGAGAUCAGAAGAAGACAAAGAAGAAGAAGAGGAGGAGGAGGAGGAGGAAAUGUCCGAGUCCAGGUGAAGAAAACUCUCCCUGUCCUUCACCUGUCUUUGUUUCUGUUCUCAGACCUUCAUAUGAUCCUAAAGCACAUUCUGACAACAGCUUGGCUCUGUAGGAGAAGAGUCCUGGUCUGAUGUGGUCCUGAGUCUCUGUUUGUACAAACAGCAGCAGCUCUGGAGGCUCGUUCAUGGUGGACCCUCCUGGAGUAAAGAUCUGAUAACUCACGUAGACGUGAGCUGGACAAACACGCUCUGACCUCCUCGCUGUGACUUGAACAAACAUCGUCCGGGAGAAAAUGUCGUAAUAAUGUCCGACAGAAAAGAGAUAUAGCGAUUGGGCCGCUGGUGUCACUUCACGCCGGCGCAGUGAGCAGAUGUUGAACUGUUUGGAGAGUUUAUGGACCUCCAGACAAACAAAACCAUGUUUACCCAAAACCCGGAGAUGGUCUGAGGGCGUGGACUCUGCUGGACCACCAUGUCUUAAAAAAGUCAGACACAAGAUCGCUCCUGGACCUAAAUAAAAAUGGCCCCUCUGGUGUUCAUCUGCUCGUAGUUUGUGAUAGUUUAGUCAGGAGGCGACUGAAGGCCGGAGCUGAUCUCAGCGCUCCACAGACAAACAUGGCGACGGACCGCCCCCCUCCUCAGCGCGGCAACAUUCCCCACGUCUGUCAGAAAAACCCCAAAUAAAAACAAUUAAAGUCAGAGCCAAAAGGACUCUGAGUCUGCAGAGUCGUUUUUAUUUAUGUCAGGGAGUAACUGGCCAAUUCAUCCAAUCUGUCCGGAGACUAUUUUUGUUUCCUCUUAUUAGAUGAUUCGAUUUACGGGACAGUUGGAGACGUAAUUUUCUAUCUUUGUGACCAUCUGCUCAUGGUCUCCUCAACGUGUUGAAUUUCACAAGUGUGCAAAACAGACCAGAACAUUUCUAUUACUGUCAAUUUAGGUGGAAAUAGACGUGAGAGAGGAAGAGUCAGGCGGGCUUUUAUUUUGAAAAUAAACUCAUAAAACAGACAAAACACAAGAACAACAAAAUAACACAAGAACAACAUAAAUACAAUUCAUCACUAACCCAAACUGAGGGAUCGUAUCACUAAAUAAACCAACUACGACCACGACUAAGAAGAGUAACAGGAACAUGAAAAUAAACCGCACUACAACUACAAACCCAAAAAUAUAAAAGUCAGAACAAAAAAAACCUUAAAGCUGAAACAAAAAAAUCACAAGUCCAAAAAUACUUAUAAUAAAAACAACAACAAUAACACAAAAAUAACAAAAACAAAAAAAUUCAAAAAUAACAAAACUGUAAAUAUAAAAGUCAGAACAAAGACAAAACUCACAACAAUGAAAAUCACAAAUACAAAAAGACUUAGAACAACAACAAACAACAACAACAAUGUUUUUACUACAGUUUAAAAAAACAGCAACUUCACAAUGAUCACGAACACGAACAUGGGCACAACACAACAAACAACAACAACAAAGUGACACAACUGCUGCUUAGUCAACAAUCACAACCAAAAAAUGACAAACACAACAACAGUCAAAACAACCCCGACGACAUCCGCAACAAUAAUCACAACACCCUGUGUGUGUGUGUGUGUGUGUGUGUGUGUGUGUGUGUGUGUGUCCUCAUGCAGGUCAUUAAAGCAGGUGAUUGACCCUGGAGAGAGUCCGGCUGAGGGGACCAAAGAGGACUCUGAUGGACCUGAACUGAGGUUUCCAAAAGUGAGAGUCACACACACACACACACACACACACACACACACACACACACACACACUUCUUGUCAUAAGUAUUUUAAAUCAGUCUUAAAUUUCGUAGCUUAAUUUUCACGUAAUAGAAUUGCCGAGAUAUUCAAAUUAACACAAGAGAGGCGGAGCUUCCUACAUGUUCGUAAAAAGCCGACCUGCCAGCGAUAUUUUUUUUCGUGGGAUGGUAGGGGAAAGUCCCACCUCCUUCGCCUCUGAUUGGCUAGAAAAGCUGGAAACAUCAUCACACGCUCAAGCCAAACGCGGCUGUCGGCUCUGUACAUCAAACAGAACAUUAUCGCACCUCUGAAUCUCCUAACCCUGACCCGACAGACGAUGACGUUUCACAGCCAUUAGGAAUAACCAAUGGGAGCCCAGCACUUCUAGCCAAUCAAAGGCGAAGGAGGGCGGGACCUUCCCCUACCAUCCAACAAAAAAAAGAAUUUGUGCGCCGCCAGCCACAUCCAGGAAACAGAGAGCGCACAGUGAGGCGUCUGCUGAAAGAACGGCGCCCAGUUUUCAGAUGCAGAUGUUCGAUACAGGAAGGUUGACUUAAAGGAACAGUCUGCGGUUUUUGGAGCAGCGUUGUAUCAAAUAUAAACAGUGUUUUUAAAAAGUCCAUAAAAAGUUAAAAACAAAAAAACCGAAGUUUUUCUAACUUACAAAAACACAUUUAUCGGUGCGACCUUCAGCUCCUGGACCUUCAUCAGACAGACUCAGACCUUCAGACGUGCUGGAUGAAGGUCUCAAACCGAAAUCUUACACCAAAGUCCCUCAGGAGGGAACAGAGACACAGAGAGUGUUGAUUCAGGUCCUGACAGAGAGGUCAGAGGUCAAGGGAGAGAGCGAGAAAGUGCGAGCUCUGCAGACGAGGUGAGGUUCAGGUGCUGAGGAGGUGAGCACAUACCGACAAACAUCAGGACGCGUUUUUCUCUCACCUCGGUGUCAGAGCGAGUCUGAGCAAACAGAGGACGAGCCGGAGGAGAGCGGGAGGGAGGAAAACUCUGAGGGGGGAGGAGAGAGAGAGAGAGAGAGGGGGAGGAAAUCUCGUCAGCUCGGACCCUCAGUAAAGAAGACCUCCCUCACUUCAGGGUGUCAGAGCUGACCCGCAGAAGUCGACUCUGAACCGAACCUUCAGAAUAACCAGACGGGAAAACUGAAGAUGUUUUUAAAGAGGUUUACAGGAAAUAAAAUCAGGAUCCAGAUGUGAUAAAACAGCGAAAUGGUCCUUUAGUCGUUUUCCUCUGAGGGUCUGUGGAGGACAACUGAUCAAUAAAGUUGAUUGGCCCACAUCAGGAAGUGGUUUAGUGUGACUCUGAACACUGUGAGGGAGGAGAGGCUCCAAACGGGACACCGGGGCUGUGGGAAAUGACGCCUGGGGGGGGGGGGGGGGGUCUCUUGAAUCACAGACUGAUGAACUCACGAGGAAACGAGACUAAAACCCGUGUCUCCUGCAGAUGGAGACUCCUGUCUUUGCCGUCCUGCAGAGAAACUUCCAGAAGAAGAAGAAGAAGUCUGACUUGGUGAGAGGAAACAAACUGCUGCUUUUUUAUGAGUCAGAAGAAAUUAAGAAAUAUCCAAGUCGACUCUUUUCUUCUCCCUGCAGAUCCUCCCUGAGAUCCCCAAGAAGAGCCAGAGAGCCGAGAUCUACGUGAGGAAACUGAGACUGAUGCACCACCUGUGUUUGACCAACAUGGUUUUCUCACAGAGGUUCAAAAUUAAAACAAGAAAUUAAAGGACAAAUUCACCGUUUUUAAUCCUGAAGGAGGAGAUCAGAGUUUGUUUUUCUCUGUGAUCUCCAGACUGUUGGACAGAGAGAGAGACUCGCUCUGCUGGCAGGACGAGCGAAGAGGAGGAGGAGGAGGAGGAGGAGGCGAUCUGGUUAGUAACACAAACCAGCAAACACAACACAACACAACACAACACAACACAACACAACAGCACACAGCUCUAUGGAAGCUAACACCUCACCGUCACCAACUCUCUCUUUUUAACCUUUGUUUUCUUUUUGAGGUCACCAUAGCAACAGGCUGUGGGUGUUUCUGUGAGGUUGUUGCGCCACUUCUUCAUCCGCUCAUUAAUGAUCAUUUUGUGUGUUUUUUUUUUGUUCCACAGACACUUCCAGGUGUGGACUCCAGAGUGAAGACAAACAGACAAACCGAACAGCCGCCUCCCCCCUCAGAGAAACCAACAAAGAGGGUCCCAGUCCCACGUCAGAGACCGGGGUCCUCCAGACAGCCGAGCAGGACCCCCUCAGACAGGUUCAUCAGACUCAUGAUUAACAUAAUUUAAGGAUUUUUACAGACUGAGUUCUUCUGUCCCUCCCUUGUGUUUUCGUUCCUCUGUAGAUCUCUCUGUCCGGAGUUCCUCGUUCGUUCCUCUGCAGCAGACUCCAGAAAAACUCCUGAUCCUCUUUCUCUUGAAGAUUUGUCUCGGCUGAACCACGUACAGGUGAACAUGUUCAUCAGAAUAAUCUUAUUUUUAACAGACGGAGUUUAUUUAAGGGUUUAAUUUUGUGAUCUCUCUUCAGAUUAUCGAUCAGGAAGUCAAGUUUUGGAGAAACGUCACAGAAGAAGACAUCGACGACUAAAGAUAAAAACAUCACUAAAAUAAUCUGAACUAACGUCUCUAAUACUGCAACCAAGUACAAACACCAAAUACUCGAUUCUGAUUGGUCCGUACCAAACCCUGAGGACCCUGACCGCAGACUUCACACAGAUCAAAAUAAUAAACAGAAGGAUUCAGCCGUCGAGGAUUUCAUCACUUCCUGUUGACCAUGUGGCGAAAACUUCACUUUAAUAUUAUUCUCUGUUUAUCUGGAGAGAAUUGGAGGGUGUUAAAGGGAUAUUCUGUCACAAAAUUAAUCUAGGGUCAAACACACCAUAACACCGAGUUAGACCCCCCCUCCAGAGAUGAAUGUUGUCGACCGCUUGCUUCUCUAGUUAUACCAACUUUAGUAACGACCGCAGGAUAGAAAUACAGAGAGACACGCCCCCAACCAAAACGCCACUCUAUAGCCACAAAUAAUGCUCAGAACAGCACCUAACUUCAUCAACAGGACAUAUAGGGUCACAGACAUAGUACUAGACACCAAACAUCUUUUUAACUUUGACUCAUUUCUUUAACAAAGAGACUAAACACAACUCACCUACUCUCUUCCAGCAGACGCUUGUUUGUAGAGAGACCUCAGACCAGUCCAUUACGGACUACAGCGGGGUGCCGCAGCUCACAUGUCACAUGUUCACACUCUCUAUUUGAUUGUUUAUAACUCUGCACUGACACAAGAUAUGAAAAUAACAUGAAUAUGAGACGUUGGUCUUUAGUCUGGUUCACAUUUUGUUUGUAUUUGAUGUAUUAAUUCAAAGAAAUAUAUAAGAAUGUAAGUGUGACAACAAGCCCCGGUCUCCCCUACACUAAAUCAGACUCACUCCAGCUGACUCUGUAACUCACCUGAGAUAUAAAAGAUGAUGUUUGAUAAAGAAAAAUGUUUAAAAAGGAGGUUUAUUCUGUAGUUUGUCUUUUUAAAAUUUAAAGGUUUUCUUAAUAAAAACAGAAUUAAACCGUCUGAGCAGUAAAUUUUUUUUUUUUAAAUAAAUGUUUUUUAUUCUGAAGUUUUUGAGUUUGUAAAGUUUUAUUCUUUACUGUCAUUUCCAUUUUUUUUCUCUUUAAAAGUGACUUAAUUCAAAAUCACGUGACCCUGUAGCCCUCACGCUCUCAGCCAAUCAGAGAAAAGUCCGCAAAGAUUAGAGAGAAGACGAGCCAACCACCUCCGGUCUGAACGAAGACCCUGAUCUGGACUUUCUCCUCGGACUAUAAAUCCGGGAUCUGCUCACAGUUUCAGGUAAAACCGGAUCAUUCCUGGAGUCUGAAGGAGUCCGGAUCAGGGACUCUGAAGGAGGUUUUAGUUUAAGGGUUUCUGGUCUGGAUCUGUUGGACAGGAUGACCACAGGGGUCGGAGAGAGUCCGGGGAAGGACGGUUCGUACCGGGUGGACCACCUCCUCAGCGCCGUGGAGAAUGAGCUGCGGGCCGGGAGCGAGAAGGGAGACCCCACGGAGAGAGAUCUGCGGGUGGAUCUGGACGACAGAGAGCUGUGGGAGAAGUUUGAGGAGCUGACCAAUGAGAUGAUCGUGACCAAGACCGGCAGGUGAGACCUGGACCAAGUUUUUAAGGAAUUCAGGAGUUUUUACAGAGAUAUAAUAAUCUGGUCAAUAUUUGGAGCAAAGAUACAGGACUGUUAAAAUCAAUCUGAUUUUCUGCUUCUAUUUAAAUGAUUAUGAUUAUGACAUUUUAUUUUAUUCAUGGAGAUCUUUUUUUUUUAAAUAUUUUAAGACAUUUUUAAAGGUUUUUGAAUAUUUGAUUUAUAUAUUUUUUAAUCUCCCCCCCAAAAAUCCUUAAUAAAUAAACUGUAAAAAGUCCUUCAGAGAUAUUGAUCAUUAAACUGAAUUUUUAUGAACUAGUUUUUGUGUUAAAAAGAAACUUAUUUUUCUUUUUUUUUUUUUUGUCUAUUUAUGUUCCAUAAAUACACUAGAAAUAUGUAUUAUUUUUUUCUUAACUUAUUUUCAAUAUUCAGGAACCUUCAUUUUACAAUAUGAAGAUGGUUUUGUUGAAUCUAGGCAUAUAUAAAUUUUGGGAAAGUCAUUUUUAUUGCGUAUGAAAACGUGUGAUAGAUAGAUAGAUAGAUAGAUAGAUAGAUAGAUAGAUAGAUAGAUAGAUAGAUUCACAUAGCUAGCUGGUAGAUAGCUGAGAAACACAAGAACAUCCACAAAGACUGGCACUUAGACUAAAAAUAUAGACUGUCACACUCAUAUCUCUUAAACAACUUUAGCCCUGACUAUUAAAGCUGAAUAUUUAUUCCAAUAAUUUGCUUUUAACCAGAUAAAUUUUAUAACUGACUGAUGCCCCACAAAAAAAUUAGACCAAACUUAGUAAGAGUAAAUAGUUUAGUUUAAACUACAGGAACUCAAGCUAGAGUGUUUUAGAUUGGAUUGUUGAAAUAGAAAGAGAAUUCAUCUGCUGACUUUAGAGCUAAAACAGCAAAGAAUGUGAAAAUUCACAGAAGUCUAGUGAAGGGAAGAGGAUGAUGAAUAUAAUCAGAUAUUUGUUUUUUUGCUGAUAUUGGACCGAUAUCAAUAUCAGAUAGGGACACCCCUAAUAUUGACAAGACAGUCUAGCUGCAGACCUCCACCUCCACUGAGCGAAUCGUAAGUUAUUUGAAGCCUUUCAAAAUAAAAGCAAAUAAACCGGGAGUACGUUUCUUUUUUUUUUUACAUCCAAAGUUUACUCAAAGCCUUUUGAAUUAAAAGCGAUUAGACCGGGAAGUACAUAUUUUUUGUCUUGUGUGAAUAUCAUUUUUUUUCUUGGGGCUUUAUUUUAUGUUUAUAAUAUAACUACGAUUUUUUUGUUUAUUCAUGUGUUCGACAAAGACAAAAGACAAAAUGGGAUGACCACUUCAAACAAACUGGAGCACGUGAGAAAUAACGUUACCUCGGGGCCUCUCAGUGGAGGUCUGUAGCCAGACCCCUCUCAAUAUUGACAGGCCUACAGUAGUUCAGAGUAUUAGUGAGAGAGAAACAGACAAUGAGUCAGAGCGCUUUUAAGGAGCUUUUAAUUAAAAGCCUUGUACAAGAAACACACAGAAAGCAACAACAGUAACAGUUAACAUGACACUGGAUACAUAAUCUGUACAAUAGGGGUUCGCAAAACAUGCUUCAGAAGUUCAGAUACAUUACAACGUCAUCAUUAUCCUCCUCCUUAUUACCAUCAAUACAAUGUACAUAAUUCAUAUUAGCAUGAAAGCAGACCUAACUGCAGUCUUAACACAUUAAAAUCAGUUUACCUUUUAAUCAAACCCAUUAUGGACUAUUGAGAAAUGGCGCUCAAAUGACAGCAUCAUAUCAACAUCAUUAUGCGUAUAGAAUAGAAUAUUCCUUUAUUGAUCCCCCAUGGGGGAAAUUUUUUAAAGCAGGGCUCGUCCGGGAUUUGAACCCGGGACCGCUCGCACCCUAAGCGAGAAUCAUACCCCUAGACCAACGAGCCAUAUUUCAAAAUUAAUAUUAAAGUACAGUGCAAAUAGCUUGGCCGGGCCAUCCUGUUGCGUGAUUCACGCAACAGGACAACAACAUCUGUGAUGAGCACAGAAAUCCAAUAACAAAGCACCACUCAGGUUCAGAUCAGGGGAGCCGUUCCUCCCAAUCACGCCCCUCUGGGUCUCACUGUUGUUGGCAACAUGGGCGUUGAGGUCCCCCAGCAGAACAAGGGAGUUUUCCGAAGGAGCACUCUCCAGCACCCCUUCCAAGGACUCCAAGAAGGGUGGACACUCUGAGCUGCUGUUUGGAGCGCAGGUACAAACAACAGUCAGGAUCCGUCCCCCCACCCGAAGGUGAAGGGAGGCUACCCUCUCGUCCACCGGGGUAAACCCCAACACACAGACACAGAGCCAAGGAGCAAUAAGUAUUGCAACCCCUGCCCCGCACCUCUCACCAGUGGCAACUCCAGAGAAGAAGAGAGUCCAGCCCCUCUCGAGGGGUUUGGUUCCAGAGCCAACACUAGGUGUCGAGGUGAGUCCAAUUAUAUCUAGCUGGAACUUCCUCGGGCGAGAGAAACUCGGUGCCAAAUAUUUGUCCAUUAUAAGGAGUCUGUUUGAGCUACCCUUAGUCUGAUCCCUCCCCCAGGACCUGUUUGCCAUGGGUGACCCUCCAGAGGCAUAAAGCUCCAGGGAUCAUUGGGACACACAAACCCCUCCACCACGGUAAGGUGGUAGCUCGAGGAGGGGAUAUACCAAUAUAUAUAUAUAUAUAUAUAGAUAUAUAUUUAUAUAUAUAUAUAUGUAUGUAUAUAUAUAUAUACAUAUGUAUAUAUAUUAUGUAUAUAUACAUAAUUUUUUUUUGUUUUGUUUAUUGUUUUUUUUUAAAAGUGGCUAAUUAACCUAAUUAACCUGUGGGAGGAAAAUGGAGCACCUGGGGUAAACCCAUACAGCACAGGGAGAUCAUGCAAACUCCACACAGAAAUGCCCUGACCUAGAUUUGAACCCAGGACAUAUGGCAUAAAGCUCCUGGGAUCAUUGGGACACACAAACCCCUCCACCACGGUAAGGUGGUAGCUGGAGGAGGAGUUUAUUUUGGGGGUUUUUGUUUCGUUAUGUUUUUAAAGGUUUUUUUUAAAGUGGUUAAUUAACCUAAUUAACCUGUGGGAGGAAACCGGAGCACCCGGAGUAAACCCAUAUGGCACAGGGAGAACAUGCAAACUCCACACAAAAACGCCCUGACCCAGAUUUGAACCCAGGACCUUCUAGCUGUGAGGCUAGAAGUCACUAGCAUGAAGUACUUUUGGUCUUUUUCUUAUUGUCCUUGUCCUUUUUGAAGAGGUUGCGGAGGUAACGCCAGCAGAAACAGCCGGAAUCAGGAGCGUGAGAAGGAUGUUCUUGCUCGCCAUUCGACAUAACUGGGAAGUUGGCAUGGGACGGGCGAACAGCUAUAUUUGGUUCUGGCGCUUGAACAGGGCUGACUUUUUUCUUUCGCCAAGCAGUCAAACGUUUCCAAAAGCUUGCCUUCUUCGGGAUGUGUUCAUCUCUGGCCGUACUGUCUUCUUCUGGGUCAAUCUCUGAACUUUUCUUAUAUGUCUUCAUUUUGAUGGCCAUGGCUCGGCCCGUGAGGGUGGACCGCAUGGUUGCAAUAGCCAAGGCCAAAGUCGUUUCGUUUAUUGACAACUUGCUACUGGCUGGAGAAGUGUCACAGAGGUUCUCUGCCAGUGGAGCUUGAAAUGGGACAGUGUUCACUUCUUGGAGGACCUCUGCUGCUGAUGCAUUGCCUAAUUCUGGUGAAAUCGUUACUUGGGUGUCAACACCAAGAGCAUCAAGGAAAACUUGUUUGAAGAUCCUGUCAAAAUCACUCUGUCUGAUGACUGAGUCUGCGCUGUACUGCAGGACAUCAGUGCACAUCUUGACCAGCUGCUCCUUCCCAGGAAUGUUGAACACUCCUUCACGGACUUCUCUGUAUUGCCUGAAAAUACAAAAACACAGAGUUAGACACAGAUGUUCAUGCACACAGAUGUUCAUGCACACAGAUGUUCAUGCACACAGAUCCCAAUAAUAGAUCCAAGUGUAUAUUAUAAGUUUCACAUAAGACACGAUCAAUGAUAACUUACUCGUCACUGAGACUUUGGAAGAAUCUUGUUAUGAUGGCAGCAAUAUCCAAAUUUUCAAGGUCAAUUACUACGUCUGCUGCUGCUUCAUGUGGUUUGGCUUCUUUAGCUUCCUCCAGGCACUGGUCAGAUUUGGUUGAAGCUUGUCUUUCAUCCCCACUGUCUGUUUUGACAGAAUCUGGAUCCAUGGGGCUCUUUGUUGGCUGUCCUCCAGCUUCGGACUCCUCACUCUCUUCUGAUAUGUAGGGUGAGACCUGAAUUCGCAGGAUGGUUGGUGUUGGAUCCACCCUGGCAAAAUCAGUUUCAUCGGUAUUAGAAGCAAACGUCACCUCCUCUGGCAACUCCUCUGAACUUUCAGAUGCUGAUGCGCAUUCUUCGGGUUUUCUCGGAUGGGCAUAGCACUGCGCAGGUUCGGUUGAGGCUUCCUCCUCAGAUUUACGGACAUCGUUCUUCUUCUCACCAAUGCAGGUCUCCUGAACCCCCUUGUAAGAGGAGAGUCUUUCAUCCUCACUGUCUUUUUCGACAGAAUCUGAAACCAUGGGGCUCUUUGUUGGCUGUCCUUCAGGUUCGGACUCCUCACUCUCUUCUGAUAUGUAGGGUGAGACUUGAAUUCGCAGGAUGGUUGGUGUUGAAUCCACCCUGGCAAAAUCAGUUUCAUCGGUAUUAGAAGCAAACGUCACCUCCUCUGGCAACUCCUCUGAACUUUCAGAUGCUGAUGCGCAUUCUUCAGGUGUUCUCGGAUGGGCAUAGCACUGUGCAGGUUCGGUUGAGGCUUCCUCCUCAGAUUGAGGGACAUUUUGCGUCUUCUCACCAAUGCAGGUCUCCUGAACCCCCUUGUAAGAGGAGAGUCUUUCAUCCUCACUGUCUGUUUUUACAGAAUCUGAAUCCAUGGGGCUCUUUGUUGGCUGUUCUUCAGGUUCGGACUCCUCACUUUCUUCUGCAAUGUGGGGUGAGACUUGAAUUCGCAGGAUGGUUGGUGUUGGAUCCACCCUGGCAAAAUCAGUUUCAUCUGUAUAAGAAGCAAACUUCACCUCCUCUGGCAACACCUCUAAACUUUCAGAUGCUGAUGCGCAUUCUUUGGGUUUUCCUGGUUGGGCAUAGUGCUGCGUGGGUUUGGUUGAAGCUUCCCCCCCAUAUUUAGGGACAUUUUGCUUCUUCUCACCAAUGCAGGUCUCCUGAACCCCCUUGUAAGAGGAGAGUCUUUCAUCCUCACUGUCUGUUUUGAUGGAAUAUGGAUCCAUGGGGCUCUUUGUUGGCUGUCCUCCAGCUCCAGACUCCUCACUUUCUUCUGCAAUGUGGGGUGAGACUUGAAUUCGCAGGAUGGUUGGUGUUGGAUCCACCCUGGCAAAAUCAGUUUCAUCGGUGUAAGAAGCAAACUUCACCUCCUCUGGAAACACCUCUGAACUUUCAGAUGCUGAUGCGCACUCUUUGGGUUUUCUCGAGUGGGAAAAGCGCUGGGCAGGUUUGGUUGAAGCUUCCCCCCCAUAUUUAGGAACAGUUUUCUUCUUCUCACCAAUGCAGGUCUCCUUAACACUGUUGUAAAAUGGUAACCAUGGUGGCUUUUGUUCCAGGUCAGAUUUAGUUCUCCUCAGAGGAAUGACAUUCCUAGAGGUCUGCAGGGUAAUCAGACUUCUGAUAGCCACAUCACAGGUUUUGUCUGUCUUGGUGGCCUGUGAUGGGCCCUUUGACUUCUGAGUGACUCUGCCUGCCUGGUUAGAUGUUGAUACGCCUUCUUUGGGUUUUCUCGUGUGGGAAUAGCGCUGUGCACUUUUGGUUGAAACUUCCCCCUCAGAUUUAGGGACAUUGUUCUUCUUCUUCACAGCAUUUGUUUUGGCAGUCUUGGUUGCCUGUGAUGUGCCCUUUGACUUCUGAGUGAGUCUGCCUGCCUGGUCAGAUGCUGAAGCACCUUGCUCUCCGAGAGUUUGAGCUGUGCAUUCCAUCCCCUCUGGGAUGAGCUCCUUGAGAAGCCCACUGAGUAUCUCAGAUCUACCUCUGUCUUGUGGACUUGAAGUUGAAGCCUAGAGAAAAAACACAAACAAUGUUUUAAUCACUGAAACCCUUCCAUCAAAUAAAAAUAUCUACUUUCUCAUAUCAUGCCAUAAGCCGUGUCUAAUGCUGCAUUCGAGUUACCUCGGAAGUCAAAUGUCGGAGCUGAAAUGACGUCACACCCAAGUUCCCAAGGUUUCGUUACAAAGUCAGUAAAAAACAAAAUCGGAGGACUGAAACAAGAUGGCUACAUCUACGAAAGUUAUUGAAGUGCUUACCUUAUAUUCAGACAAGGCAAGCGAUGAAAUAAGUUUCGUAGAUGUAGCCAUCUUGUUACCGCCUCCGAUUUUGUUUUUUUCCAACUGAAACACUGGGAACUCGUGACGUCGUUUUUAACGCUGACUUCCAAGGUAACUCGAACACAGCAUAAGUCCUGAAUCACAAAUUUUCUUUUUGCAUAGGUUGUAACAACACAUUUACUGUUUUUGCCUUCCCUCUGUUAUUAAAUAUUUUUCAUUUAGGAUGUUUUGGCAGUUGAGAACAAUGUUUUAAUGUAAUUUUUUUUUCUAAAUUAAAUCGCCUUAUCCUCAGACUAUUAUAACUUUUUAAAAAUAUAAGAUUUUUUCCUAUUGUGUAAGGCAGGGAGGAUAAGCAUCAAUUCAUCUUGCUAAACCACAGAUUUACACUAUAAAUGUAAUUUUAUAAAAGCAAUAACAACCUAAGUUUUUAAAAAAUCCUAUCAGACAAAUGGUUUCACUUUUAAACUAACAUAAAGUUAAUGGUUUUGAUGGAGCCGUCAUAUACUUACCAGUCUUUGUGCACUCAUUUUCGAUUGUCUUGUGUUCUUCUUGGAUUAAAAUGUCUAUUUAAACUCUGAGGUUCUCUCUCAGUAUGAGGUUCUCUCUCAGGAUAUUCUCUCUCAGGAUGAGGUUGUUUCAUACAUCUCUCAGCAGUUGAAUCUGUCUGUGAAAGUGACGUCACCGUCACCGCCUUCAAAGGCGAAGUGACGUCACCGCCUUCAAAGGCGAUCUGACAUCACCACCUUCGAGGACGUCACAUUCCGUGGUGACGUCACGCAGUGCACUGAGGGGAAUCCCCUCGACGUUCCAUCCAUAUGGGCUGUGGUCCCGCCCCCUUUUCAGUGAAACCUGUCAAUCAAAAUCAGCAAAUGGAAACUCCAGAGUAUUUGGCAGUUUAAUGGUUUAAAAUAACAAAACUUGAUUUUGAAGCAGUGAUUGAGAGUCCAAAUCCAGCUGCCAGUUUGGCACAUUUUAAUCUAUUUCAUUACAGCCUUUAACCCUUAAACUUAUCAAUAGAUAGAUAGAUAGAUAGAUACUCUACGAACACAAAAAGGAAGUAGUUUUUAAAACUUAAAAAUAAAUGAAAGAUCAAAAAUGUGAAAAACUUUAGAUUAAUUCCAAUAAACUUUAUUAGUGUUUCCUGUUUUGAUUCAGGAGGAUGUUUCCGGUUCUGAAGGUGAACGUCUCCGGGUUGGACCCGAACGCCAUGUACUCGUUCCUGCUGGACUUCGUGUCCGCGGACAACCACAGGUGGAAAUACGUGAACGGGGAGUGGGUCCACGGGGGCAAACCCGAACCUCAGACCCCCAGCUGUGUGUACAUCCACCCGGACUCUCCGAACUUCGGGGCGCACUGGAUGAAGGUUCCGGUCUCCUUCAGUAAAGUCAAACUGACCAAUAAACUCCACGGAGGAGGAAGAGGAGGACAGGUGAGGAGGAGCGGAAGAGGGAGACUGCAGAUUAUUACUCCUGCACCUGAAGGUUUCACCUUAACAACGUUCGUCUUUGGUUUUCCAGAUCAUGCUGAACUCCCUCCACAAAUACGAACCUCGGAUCCACAUAGUCCGGGUCGGAGGUCCGAGGAGGAUGCUCACCAGCCACUCUUUCCCGGAGACUCAGUUCAUCGCAGUGACAGCGUACCAGAACGAAGAGGUUGGCUGAAAAUCCUUCGAUACCAUCUUUAAUGCAAAAUCUGUGCGUAAUUUACGCACAGCUGUUCACCAUCGUUCAUAAAGUGUACACAUGGAUAGUUGGUUUGUGAGCUGCAGACUUAGGUGAUGAGUUUUCCUGCUUUCUUCUCUUCCUCUGAUCACUUUAGAGCUCUUUUCUAAACCGUUUGAUCGGUUCAUGAUCUUUUCUGUUUCUAUUUUCAGUCCAAGUCUCAUUUUUAUCCUCCUGAAGAUCUUGAAUGUGCAGCUGACAUAAAACAGCAGACUUUGUUUUCGGUUGUUGUUCCUGAACUUUUCUCCCAGAGGACCGUGGACACUCUGGAUGUUUUUAAAAAGCAGCUGAAGACUCGGAUGUUUGGAUUUGCUUUAACUUGAGCUGCAUAUAUCUGCUCUUAUUGUUUAUUAUGUCUUUGUUUCUUUCUAUCGGUAUUUUUGAAUCUUUAAUGAUCUGGUUUAUAAAAUCCUGAUUAUGUCCUGCACUUUAAUUUUAGAUCACUUCUCUGAAAAUCAAAUAUAACCCGUUUGCCAAAGCCUUCCUGGAUGCAAAGGAGAGGUAAGAAAAGUUCUUCAGAUAUUUCCCUGAUUUUAAGAUUUAUAAAAGUUUAAAUUAUUUUGUGUUUUUUUUAGAGGUGAAAGCAAAGACAUGAGAGAGGAGAACGCUGAGAACCAGCAGUCGACCUACAGUCAGUGUAAGUUUGAUCAUCAUUUACACAUCAGGGAUGGACUCAAAGGAGAGUAAGAAAGCCACAUCAGAGAGCUCUUCAGUGCCGUGUUGGAGUUAAUAUCAGACCCACUCAACUUUACAUUAAAAUUCACUUAAUAAAAAUACACUGGUAGUUUUUUCUUGAGUCUAUGUCUAAAAAUGAAUUCUCUGUUUACAUAUCAUCGACUGGAAAAGAAGAAAAUUCUCUCAGAGUUAAAAAAAAAAGGAAGUAAAAUGUAAACAAAGGGCUGUUUCAGAAAAAUAUAAACAGAGUGCCAACAGGGUCUCUGCUUAAAUGUAAACAAAGUUCUGUUUGAAUAAGAGAGGUGGUCUCUGUUUGCCUCUUUAGGGAGUUAGAUAAGAUAUUUUCUAUAUUUGUGUGUAAAAUGUAAACAGAGUUCCCUCCAGUCAUUCUCCAGCCUCUCAUAUGUAAACAGAGCGCCCUCUAGUUGCUCUUAAAGUGUAUUUCAUGAGCCUCUCUGGUCGCCAUAUGAAUCUUUUCAAAUGUAAACAGAGCGCCCCCUGGUUUCUCUGAAGAAUUUCCUGGCUGGUACUUUGGUCUGUUGUGUUGUUAGGUGACGUUUCCAGCAGGUGCCCCUUCAGUCUGAUCUGCCCCCGCGCCUCAAACAUCCUGAGUACGUCUCUGCUGCUCUGGUUUCAUGUAGUCUCUCUCUCUCUCUCUCUCUCUCUCUCUCUCUCUCCUGUUUAGGUGGAUGGUUCCCCGGCUCAGGUCCUCACAGCCAGUUUGGAAACCUCAUCUCCCUGUCUCCGUCCCACGGCUGUGAGCGUUACUCCACCCUGAGGAACCAUCGCUCCGCCCCCUACGCCGGUCCCUACACCCAUCGGACCUCCUCGCCCAGUGAGUGUCCGCCUCCUCCACCUUUAUUCGGGACUUUCGCCACUUCCUCUCCGUCUGUUAACGACCAGCUCAAACAAACGUCUCGGAGCGUGGAUGUUUAACAUUCCUCUGCUUUUGUGUGAAGGAGCCGAGGAGCUGUAAACACUCGGGCUGUAAAGACAGGAAGUUAUAGGAGCGGGAAAAACUAGAUCUACAAAAGGAUCAGGAGUUUUGAAAGGGGGACAAGACAGGACCGCAUCAUUCCAGGACUCUUCUCCUACAGAGCCAAGAUGUUGUCAGAAUUUGGAUGCAGCAUCUGUGAUUUCUAGUUCUUCAUUGAAAGGAUUUUCCGUCCUUUCCGAGAGUGUUAGAUUUUGAUCCAUCAGACCUCAGGACAGUUCACAGAUAUUAAACCCCUGAUUGGUUGUGAGGCAGACGCUGCUCCCCCGUGUCAUUCAGGAGCCCAAACAAAGUUAGCGUGCUACAAUAUCGGACAGUAGAAACCAACCAGAAAGUUCGGAAAAUUGUCGGAAUCCUCCUUUGGCCACGACUGCCAACACAAGCAAGAAAACAAAGUAAAUACCGGAGACUCUGGAGGAAUAACGGGCGCUUAAAACGGGGGUAGACCGGACAAGAGCUAAAAAGCCGGGUCAACAUAAACGAUGGGGGACGCUUGGGGAUCUUGGUGACCCUGUAACCUUUCUGCUGGACAGGUAAACCGCUUUAACAAAGUAAGACAAGUGUCUGUAACAGAAGUGUUUCUUGUCAAACGGACCUGCUGUAGCGUGUUGUAGCGCCAUCGCUAAACUGUCCUCCCUCGGGUCCUGGACUAUGUCACUUUAUCCUCGUUGUAGAAGUCCUGCAAACAUUGUGUUUGCUGGUAGUCUGUUGGCAUCUACAGUAGCACCAAUGCUUUUGACUUUCACCUUGACUGGGCCCCAUUUGUAAUGAUCUGAAGGAUUGAUCUGCAUUAUAUCUGAAUUUAACUGGAACGAUACGAGCGAGCAGGAGCGUCUGUUUGUGGGCGGGGCUUGAGGGGAGAGGAGGAGCUGAGGGGAAAACUGGUUGGGAGGGGUAGAGUUUACAUUCAAGAUUUCUCCUAAAAACUGGGACUAACUCAGAUCCUGACUACACCACCUUUAAAGACUCUCUUUUCCUGGUCUCUCCUCCAACCCUGAAACCCUCACAGGGACCUGUCAGAAGGUCCUGGAUCUCACAGUUUUAAGGAUCGACUCCCUGACUCUCUCUCUUCUUCGUCUCUCUCUCUCUCUCUCUCUCUCUCUCUCUUGUUUCAGGUGGUUUCUCUGAUAACUCGUCCACCUGUCCGUCGAUGUUCUCCAGCCAUGAAAACUGGUCCGGACUCCACAUGUCGCCUAACUUCGGCCUGAUGCCCGUGACUCAGAACCCGAACUCUGGGACCACCUCCAGGUCUGUGAACCAGAAGAAGAUCUAAAGCAGAGAAAACUCUGAGUGUCCUCACUUUGACCUCAUACAGACCCGUCCCUGUCUCUGUCCCUGUCCCUGAUUCUGGUCCUGAUCUCACUCAGUCUCUCUGUGUCUCUCUCCAGUCCGUACAGCGGUCUGUGGUCCGUCAGUAACCCCCCCUUGACUCCAGGGUCUCAGACCGGCAGCCUGACCUCCCACUUCCUCCGGGGCUCCAGCAGCCAUUACCCUGGUCUGUCCCACUCAGCCACAGCGCCCUCCUCUGGCUCUCCUCUGUAUGACAGCAGCACUCCCUCAGAGGUGCAGGACUCGGCUCAGUAUGACACGUCUCCACACCGACCAAUAACCUCAGCCUGGACUCCUGUGACUCCGCCCCCUCUCUGA